AGCCGUUGAACUAUUCACAAGUGAACUGAACAAAAAAUCGAGUAUCUUAACAGAAAGUAAUUAAUUUGAACAAUGAAGACCUGCACAGCAAUCGCACUCAUUUCUUUCGCCGUCGUGGCAGCGCUCGUUGCCACCAGCAUGGCCACCAACAGCACCUGGGGUACUCGCGGCUACUACGAUCGCCUGCUCUAUCGCACGCAGGUGGUGAGGAAGUCCGAACUUUGGCGCAAAAUCUCUGUGGAUGUGGAUUUCCCAGUAAAGCAAGCAUACAAUCCUUAUCCCAUCACUCAGGUGGUGGCUAUCGAUCACAAGCGCAAGGAUGGCGGUUAUGCCGUGCUGACCAAAGGUGGCCCAGGUUACCGUAAUGUGACUCUACACAUCAAAUCCGAGCGUAAUCAUGGCCUUAACUACACCGUUGAGAUCUAUGGCAGAUAAGCGAAGCAAAUAUUUGAAAAUGGAUGAAUGGAGUAAAGAAAACACAAACUUUCAUGGGAUAAAGAAUUCUGUAAACAAAAACUGAAAUACAAAAAAAAGAGAAACAAA